UUUGAACUGGACCAUUGUGCCAUACCCAUUGGGGCUUGCAUCCUGUGAGAAGGAACAUCCACAUGGUAUAGAUAUCUGCUUUUAAUUGGAAUAUACCGGUUUGUCUUCGUGGCUUGUGGGUAUCUGCAAUGAGGCAAUGCCUCUCGUUUGGAUUACCUGAAAAAGAAAGCCGCUUGCCGGCGAGGGUAUAUAAAGGCGUAGUAAUACCAUCACAUUAAGCAGCAAGACAACAGCAGAUUCUGUACAACCUCUACCUGUCUUUAUAUAACUCGCGCCUUGUUGUUUCCCUUUGCCGACUAUCUUCAGCAUGAAGUACUUGUACCUUGUCUCUACACUCUGUGCCUUGGGCCAGGCCACUCUGGACAAGCCAGCUCUGACAGAUAACCUGGACUACUUGUGGCAAGGAAACAUCAAUAAUCUGAAUCCGACUCAGAGCACCUGGGAUCAGUGGGGUUCCGGUUGGAUCCCUGCUGAUUGUAAGAGUAUUGCCGAGAGCCAGGGGCUCAGCCCCAGCGACUUUGAGGUGUACAAUGUGCACUAUACUGAUUGUGGCGAUGCCUGGGUUUUCUGCCGCCAUACAAGCUCGUCAAUUGAUCUUGUGUCAACUAUUGACAUCUUUGGCAGACUCCCUGUCAGGACUCGUAGUUGGGUCCGACAUGUUAUGACUAUUCCAGGGAAUGACUGGGCCUUUAACUCUAAUGGCAAUAUUGCCUUUUCUGGCAAAACAGCCGGCAAUAUUGAUGUUGCAAUCCAUGAGUCAGGCCACAGCCUUGAUUUACUUGGUGCAUAUGGGGAAGUUUUGUCCUCAAGCCAAACCUGGCUAGACAACUAUAACCAGGAUUCGAAUGUGCCUGAUAACUAUGCACGUACUAAUCAGGUUGAGAACGUUGCCCAAAAUACCGUUGUUAGUGUUUAUGAUAAAGUGGUUCCUGGUGGCUUAGGCUCUGUUCAGCCCAAUUGGAGCAAAAUCUUCCAUCAGUACGCGACACUGGAGUGGAAGGCAGGGGAUCACAUCAUCCCUGGUGGAACUUGUGAUCGCCAUCUGAUCAACUCCGAGACUGUGUCUAUGACAUCGUCCCAAAAGCGUAGUACGAGACUCGCAGACAAGCCUUCCCACGAGUUCAAAGGCACUUACAACAAUAUUGUGAAUAACUUCACAUCCUUUAGUACAGAGGCGGACUGCAAAUUUACCUGGGCCUAGAUAUUUGGUCCUUGCGUUUGCGGAAUCCUAGGCUAUAGGACUUGGCCCUUUUGAUUUAUUUGGGCGGAUAUAUGGCUUGAGGGUAUGUUGGGGAGAUAUUAGUAGGAUCAACUGGAAGAUGGAUAUGUGUUUGUUAUAAGAUGAAAGCUGAACUUGGGGAUAAAUGUUUCUAUUUAGAGAUGAUAUUUAGUAUAUUUAUACUUAGUCUUUCUAUAUACUACAUGCUUUUAUGGGACAGAUUGGAUUCCCCUGAUUGAAAAGAAUACACAGGCGUUGCCUGUGACUAGUUAUAACUAUAGGACGCUAAACUUAGCUUAGCAAUAGAUUAGCCAACUUGAACAUUUUAGUUGACUAGUUCGUUACCUAUAGGAGUCAAGUACUCCAUACCUCAGUGCCUACUCGAUGGUUAGAUCUAAUUUAAUCUUAU